AUGUCUAGUGACUCUGCAGCCCUCUCUGCCAGUGAAGAGUGCCGUGUGGGUGGUUACCUCCUGCUGAGCCCCAUCGGCCAUGGGGCCUUUGCCAAAGUCAUGUUGGCCCGGCACCUUCUGACAGGCACAGAGGUGGCAGUAAAAAUUAUCCGUAAGUGGGACUUCAGUGAAAGGUUUCAAGAAGUUCCUAGUCUUAAGAUGUUAAAUCACCCAAAUAUUACGAAAUUGUUUGAGGUGAUUGACACCCAAGACCAAACUUUCCUUUUUAUGGAAAAUGUGAGCAGUGGCCACCUACUCAACUAUCUGCUGAAGAACUACCCCUUGGCGGAAGACGAUGUCCGGGCCAAAUUUCGACAGCUGGCAUCGGCCCUGGAAUACUGCCAUCGGAAAGGAGUGAUCCAUCGGGACCUGAAGCCUGAAAACAUCCUCCUGGACGAAGAAAACAACAUCAAGCUGGCUGAUUUUGGUUUCAGCACAAAAUUUUCAGGUGAGAAACUCAAAACCUUCUGUGGAACCCUGCCCUACAUGGCCCCAGAAAUGUUGAAGUGUGAACCCUAUGAUGGACAGAAGGUUGAUGCCUGGAGUUUGGGUGUCACCCUCUAUGUAAUGGUGACGGGCAAACUGCCCUUUAAGAAGGGCAACCUCAAAGAAAUGAAGAAAAAGGUAUCGAGUGGGCAUUUCCACAUCCCGGACUCUCUGUCUGUGGAGUGUCAAGAGCUGCUAAAAAAACUACUGAGUGUUGAUCCAAGCCAGAGGAUAAGUGUAAAAGAGAUCAUGGACAACCAGUGGAUUAACAUUGGAUAUGAAGAGGCCCUGAGGCCUUAUACUGAGCCACCCGGGGGUGACACUGACCCCCGGGUGGUAGAAAUAAUGGAAAAGCUGGGAUAUAAGAAGAAAGAAAUAGAAGACUCAGUGUCCCAAAACAAAUUCGAUACGGUCAUGGGCACAUACAGGAUCUUACAGAACAGACAAAAUAAAAUGGUCGGACGCACAAUCCGGGCUGGGGACAAGCAGGACCAUUGCCACAGACAGCAGAGAAUCAAGGACGACCGUUUCCCCAAGCCGCACAUUCUCAAAGAUGGCCAGUCCCCAAGACAGCCUGGAUAG